AGUGCUGGUUGCCUACCCCAACCAUCUUGUUUAUAGGUCGAAGCAAAAAUAUGUUACUGAAAACCCCCACAACCAGUGCGACAUUCCAGCCGAAAAAAUGCUAAACCACCACUAAUCCGCAAUGGAACCCCCACAGCCCCCCGCCGAUCUCACCCCGGCCUCAGCACCUGCUAAACCUGACCCGAACAAAGUCGAACUGAAACAAGACAUGACAUGCAACAACAACGACGAAAAUGCAAGACCGCACGAAGACCGCAUCAAAGAACUAGUGGAGAAGUGCACCAACCUGGAGGCCAAACUGGACCUGGUGACCAGGCAGAAGGAGCUCGCCCAGAAAGAAAAAGAAGCCAUGGUGGUGAAGUACGCCAUCAGCGAGAAGAACGUGCUGGACGUGAAGCACCAGAAGGAACAAAUCGAGAAGAAAUACAAGGAACAAGUAGCCGAGAACGAGAUUAUUCAGCAUAAGGUGCAAGUGAUGGUGUCUGAGAAGGCGCGGAUUUGCCAGAUGUUCGACAACAAGUGCUACGAGUACAAGAACUGCCAGCAGGAGUUGGAGCAAGUCAAGGCGGAUUUGAAUGCUUUGGAGACCAAGCUGAAGUGGUCCCAGAAUAGCUUGAAAACAGAAAUUCAACUCCAUAAAGAAAGUCAGUCAAAAGUUGACGAACUCAAUAAAAAGGUGAAAGAGAGCACCGAUGUAAUCGAGCAAGCCAAACGCGAAGCGCAAGAAUCCAUAAAGACAUUCCACACCUCCCAGGAUAACCGCGCCCACGUGCUCGAUCAACAACUCAAAGAACAACAAGCGACCUUGAUCCUCCUCAAGCACGAAAAAGAUGAUAAAGAACAACAACUCAAAGCCCUCAAUCUCCAACUGGAGAAGCUUCAAACUAAACAAAGAGAUAUGUUACAAGAAAACAACGAUCUUUCUCUUAAGGUACAACAACUCGAGCGUGACCGUUUGGAGACGGAGCAGAAACUGAGCGACUUCCGGGCAUGCGCAGACCAACAAAGACAAGACUGUGCGGACCUCCAGGCCAAGACGACGCUCUUAGACCAGUUGAACCUCCAGCUGAAGCACGAACAAGAACAAAACAAGGGGUGCAACGACCAGAUUUGUUUGUUGAAGCAGAGGAACCUGGAGCUGGAGAGCGACAUCGUCGCCUGCAGGGAACGCGAAGCCGAGUUGUUGUUGUUCACCCAGCAGCUGACCGACAAGAACGUGCGGCUGCAGUCGGAGUUCACGGCAUUGGAAACCAAAGUGCAGCAACUCAGCUGCGAGCAAAACCUGCUGAAGAGGGCGCUCAAAGAACAAGAGACCAAGAGCGGGAUGGUGACCCUCCAGGUGGCACAAGAACGGCAGAAGUUCACCGAAGAACUCGACUCCUUGAGGACGACUUUAACCGACAAAACGACUCAGUGCGACAAGUUUAAACAAGAAGCGAGUGACCACAAAGGCGAGAAUAAAUUACUAAAAAGAAAGUUCGAGUUGUCCUUGAAAGAAAUAAACAAGGAGCUCCAGCAGUGCCGCAAGAAGCUCGAGCACUACGAAAUCCUCGAGAACAAGAGCAGCAGCAGCUCGAACUCGUCCUUGAACGUGGAUCGCUCCAACGGCUCGCCUGAACAAGUCAAGGUCAUCCAACCCGACGCCGCUCUCGACCGACAAACCCUGAUCGAGCACAUCGUCAAGCUCCAACGGAUCAGCGCCCGGAAAUCGGAGAAGCUGGACUUCCUGGAGGAGCACGUGAACACUCUGGUGCUGGAGCUGCAGAAGAAGUCGAGGCUGUUGCAGAGCUACGUGCUGAGGGACCAGGCCGGGACUCUCACGUCGAAUACGAUGGAUAAUAAUAAGGCGAACAUAGCCAAGUUGAAUGGAGUUAUGGCAUCCGUGUAUAGCUGUCGAGUAGCUGAUGAUAAACUCACGCUCGAGUUGUCUCUAGAUAUAAAUCGGAAGCUACAGGCUGUACUGGAGGAUGCCCUGUUGAAAAAUAUCACUUUGAAGGAGAACGUGGACACUCUGGGCAAAGAAAUCGAUCGACUAAACACCCUUCUCAAAUCAUAAUUGUAUUAUACCAAGUAUUAAUUAAACGUAACUAAGAAUAAUAAUUUAUUGUAUGUAUCUAAAAAGUCGAAUAAAUGUAUGAAACGAU